UUCUGGAUCACCAUUUUUUUCUUUACUGUGGAAUAAACAAUGAACACGAAGUCAUAAUUGUCGGUCCCUCACAUCCGUGUAGCGACUUAAAACUUUGGUUGAUCUUUCAAAAUUUCAACAAAAAAAGUAAAAUUGCAGCAAAAGAAUAUCUCUUUCUAUCUUGGUAAUGGCGGAAUCCUCUUCUUCUGCUCUCUGUUUCUCCACUUUCCCAUCUUUCUCAACUCUAUCUCACCGAUUCUUUCCCGCCAGAAAACUAUCAUUUGGUUCCUGCGCCCCAUCGUCGUCGUCUCUUUGUCUUCAACCAUCAUCAUCUCGUUGGUCUAUUCAGUGUAGUGCUAAGGAUUCUGAUGAUCCUUUUGGUUUUUAUCCAUGGGAAUCUUCUUUGCCUGAUGGAGACAACAGCUCUAUUCAAUGGGUAUCCGAGGAUAGAGUCACACUUUUUACUACAGACGGGCUCGUUCAAGUAGGAGGCUCUUUAAUUCCUAAACGUGUCUCUUCUUCAGAUAAGAAGCAAGGGAGAUCCAAGGCUUUUCAUAAAAUCGAACGCUUUCAGGAGAGUGAUUACAUGGACCCAAAUCAAGGACUUUGUCUUGGUGCACUCUUUGAUAUUGCAGCAACAAACGGACUUGAUAUGGGCAGAAGACUAUGCAUAUUUGGUUUUUGUCGCUCCAUUGAGAUGCUAAGUGACGUUGUAGAAGAAACAGUUUUGGAAAUUGGUGGAGAGAUCGUGGCUACAGAGAAAGCAAGCAAUGGCUGCUUACAGGAGAAGUUAAAAAUGACAGUGGCAGUGCCGCUACUGUGGGGUGUUCCCCCGGCUUCUGAACCGCUUCACCUUGCAGUGAGAACUGGUGGUGGGAUCAUUGAGAAGGUUUAUUGGCAAUGGAAUUUUUUGUAAAUAAAAAUUGUGCAUCAGUCACCGCCAACAGAAACAUUUCUCAGAAAACCAAUUUGUGCAUUCUGUAAAUAAAAAUUGUUGUAUUUCUGUGUAUAACCCCAAAUGUUGUAUUUAGCAUUAUCAGAGGGGCAUUGUCUGUAAAAAAAUCAAUGAAAUCUGUCCUGGCUUCCUGACCUUCUCUUGGGAUGUCCUAUCUUCAAGUACUGCUAAUUUGAAAACCCCCAAGCUAAUAAUCUGGUUUCACGGUU